AUGGCCCUUGACAACGAUACCCGAGGAUGGAUCAUGACAUGUAUUAGUGGCAUUGCCUGCGUGAUUGGCUCCGCAAUCAUUUGCGUCGACAUAGUGGCCCGCCAAUUUCCACGUUGGCGGCAUUUUACGAUCUCAGAGAGUGACGGGUUUCUCUCUGCCUCCUUGAGCCUUAGUUUUGGGGUGAUGUUGUUUUCCGCUCUCUAUUCGAUGCUGCCGCAGUCCAAGACCUAUCUAAAAGACGCGGGAUGUUCGCCACCAGUCGCCUCGUACCUCCUAAUCGGAUUGUUCUUAGCCGGUGUCAUUGGCAUUCAAAUUUUCUCGCAUAUCAUCCAUCGAUUCAUCCCAUCGCAUGUUGUAGACUGUGAUCAUAACCACGAUGACGAGGAGGGCUUUACAAUAGAUCAUGAAGAGAUGUCUGAACAUCCGCACGAUGAUGAGCACACAAAUGGCUUGCCAAUCUCCAAAGCCCAUACUGAACCGCCCCUCGAGGAAGAUGAGGAUACGCCCUUGCUCUCUCGGACCACCAGUAUCAGUCCUAAGAAACCUCAACAUGACAGGGAAGAAGACAAUAACGGGAAUUGCAAACAGUCUUUUUACACGACACCUAACAGUCGUAAACCAUCCAUGAUGCCUUCCAAGCUGACACGGACGCUUUCCAAAUAUAUGGCUGGCCAGAAAGAUAACUGCGACGAGACUGGUCCCUGCAUGGGGUUUACGGACCCUUGUGGGCAAGACUGUUUCAAGGCUGCGCACAGAAGGGGUUCAGUAUUGCCAGAUCAUGCCCCUUUCGUACGAACACCAUCCUGGCGCGGUGGUGCAAGUGACGUGCGCAUUGCACCAGCUCUAGAGGAAGUUGAGGAAUGUCCGUCAGCCAAUGGAUCUGCUCUGAUACGUGCAGGCACCGAUUCCGGAGUAAAGGAGUCCCAGCCAGCUUUUACUCGCUCCUGGUCUUCGAUACAUCAUUACCAUCACCCCGAGAAUGAACAUUCACGACCAGACAAGAAUUUCCGCCGACCCUCGGAACAUUCGCAUACUGCUGCUCGAGAACACCAUCACCACGUCCCAACCAAUGCCUUUAUGUCGAUAGGCUUACAAACAUCCUUGGCGAUCGCGUUGCAUAAGGCUCCAGAAGGCUUUAUUACAUAUGCAACGAAUCACGCAAAUCCAAGGAUAGGAUUUGCUGUCUUCAUGGCUCUCUUCAUCCACAAUAUCACUGAAGGAUUCGCGAUGUCAUUGCCACUCUAUCUUGCUCUCGGAUCUCGAAUCAAGGCGAUUGCAUGGUCAUCAUUCCUCGGAGGCUUGUCGCAACCCCUUGGGGCUGGGAUUGCCGCAUUGUGGUUCAAAUUGGCUAAGAGGAGCAGUUUUGGCGCACCCACUGAAGGAUUCUAUGGCGGAAUGUUUGCUGUUACAUCUGGCGUCAUGACCAGUGUGGCUUUGUCUUUGUUUUCCGAGAGUUUACAGCUGAGUCACAAUAAGGGUACUUGUAUUGCCUUCGCCUUUUUGGGUAUGGGGAUUCUGGGAUUUAGUUUUGCAUUGACCGCCAAUUAG